AUUUGCUACUUUUUUGUUUCAUUGACUUUAGAUCAACUCUCACUGUCAAUUAGAGUGACUAUGCUCAAUAAGAAAGCAACCUUUAGCAAUUUAUUUGACUUCACAUAAACAACCUUUGCUAGAAGGAAACAUAGUUUAUUUCCACACUGAUUUUCUUGUUAGCCAAUUUCUACUUUGUCAUCAUCCUAUUGAACCAAAGAAAAAACAUACAUACAUGGCUGCUGCAUUUGUAGGAGAAGCAUUCCUUUCGGCUUCGGUAGAGGUGCUAUUAAACAAGAUCGUUUCCAAAGAGUUUUUAAAUUUCUUUCAUAGCAAGGAACUUGAUGUUUCACUCCUCAAAAAGCUGAAAAUAACACUGUUAAGUCUUCAAGCUGUGUUGAAUGAUGCUGAGGAGAAGCAAAUCACCAACCCUGCUGUCAAAGAAUGGCUGGAUGAGCUCACACAUGUUGUUUUUGAUGCUGAUGAUUUGCUUGAUGAGAUCAACACUGAGGCUUUGCGGUGGAAAAUCGAAGGUUGCCCUCAAAGUCAAACCAUCAUUGAUCAGGUCAUAUAUCUUUACUCUUCUCCUUUUAAACGGUUUCCGGAAGCUAUCUAUUCUAGAAUACAUGAAUUGUUUCAAAGAUUAGAGCAUUUUGCAUUGCAAAAAGACAUCCUGCAACUUAAACAAGGUGUUUCCAAUAGUAUUUGGUAUGGAAAUCCUACAAGUUCUGUUGUUGUUGAUGAAUCUUCUAUUUGUGGUAGAGAUGAUGAAAAGAAGAAACUUAAAGAGUUUUUGCUUUUAGAAGAUGGUAGUGUAAGUGGAAGUAAAAUAGGAGUGAUUUCCAUUGUAGGCAUGGGAGGGCUUGGAAAAACAACACUAGCUAAACUCCUUUUCAAUGAUCAUGAAGUAGAAGACAAUUUUGAUCUUAAAGCUUGGGCAUAUAUUUCAAAGGAUUUUGAUGUUUGUAGGGUUACUAAAGUAAUUCUUGAAUCUAUUACUUUUAAACCUGUAGACACAAAUAACCUCAACAUUCUACAAGUGGAAUUGCAACAAAGCUUAAGAAAUAGGAGAUUUUUACUUGUACUAGAUGAUAUUUGGGAUGGAAGCUAUGUUGAUUGGAAUAAUCUAAUGGACAUUUUUAGUGCUGGUGAAAAGGGAAGUAGAAUCAUUGUCACGACACGAGAUGAAAGUGUUGCAAGGUCUAUGCAAACCUCUUUUCCUAUCUACCAUUUGCUGCCUUUGGCGAGUGAAGAUUGCUGGUCUUUACUUGCCAAACAUGCAUUUGGACCAUAUAAUUGCAGAAACCGGUCGAACCUAGAAUUUAUUGGCAAAGAAAUUGUGAAAAAGUGUGAUGGCUUACCAAUAGCAGCAGUAGCACUAGGCGGUCUUCUUCGAUCCGAGUUAUCAGAAAAUCGCUGGAACAAGGUAUUAAAAAGCAACAUUUGGGAUUUAUCAAAUGUUAAGGUGCUUCCGGCUUUGCUAUUGAGUUAUAAUCAUCUACCUUCUCCUUUAAAGCAAUGUUUCACUUAUUGUUCGAUUUUUCCUAAGAACUUCAUCUUUGAAAAACAGAUGGUAGUUCAGCUGUGGAUUGCAGAAGGCUUUGUACACCAGUCCAAAAGUAGAAAAACUAUGGAAGAAGUGGCUGAUGAAUACUUUGAUGAACUAGUAUCGAGGUCACUUAUACAUCGAUGGUCAGUCAAUGAUUGUGUACACUACAAAAUGCAUGACCUCAUUAAUGAUUUAGCUACAAUGGUUUCAUCUUCAUACUGUAUCAGGUAUGGCGACCGAAAGUUACAAGAAAGUGUCGAAAGAGUACGUCAUUUGUCAUACAACAAAGGCAAGUAUGACUCUUUCAAUAAAUUUGACAGCCUCUAUGAAUCAAAACGCCUUCGAACAUUCAUAUCGUUACCAGUAAGACUAGAGUGGCUACCAGACCAACAUUAUGCUAAAUAUUUCUUAUCAAACAAGGUUUUACAUGACUUGUUAUCAGAAAUACGACCUCUACGGGUAUUGUCCUUGUCAUACUACCUUAAUAUCACCGAUCUGCCUCAAUAUCUUGGAAACUUGAUUCAUCUCCGAUAUCUGGAUCUUUCCAACACUAAAAUUCAAAGGUUGCCAUAUGAAACAUGCAAGCUCUACAAUUUGCAGACUUUGUUGUUGUCCAGAUGUUGGUUACUAAUUGAAUUGCCUGAGGAUAUGGGAAAUUUGAUCAAUCUAAGACACCUUGAUAUUUGUGGCACAAACUUGAAGUACAUGCCUUCACAAAUAGCCAAACUACAAAAUCUUCAAACUUUGUCUGCCUUUAUUGUCAGCAAAUCGCAAGAAGGUUUGAAGGUUGGAGAGCUAAAAAACUUCACCAAUCUACAAGGUAAACUUUCCCUUUCAAAACUACAAAAUGUUACUGAUCCCUUUGAAGCUUUUCAAGCCAAUUUGAAAAGCAAAGAAAAAGUCGAUGAGUUAUCGUUAGAAUGGGAUUAUGGUGCUACUUUAGAUACACAAAUUGAAAGACUUGUACUUGAACAGCUACAACCUCCUUCAAGUUUGAAGAAACUAACCAUAAAAUCCUACGGUGGAACUAGCUUUCCGAAUUGGUUUGGUGAUUCUUCAUUUGCUCAUAUGGUGUACUUGUGCAUAAGUGAUUGCGAUCAUUGUUGGUCACUUCCACCACUUGGACAACUACUUGGUCUCAGGGAACUAUACAUUUCUGGUAUGAAAUCAGUGAAGAUUGUUGGUGCUGAAUUCUAUGGAAGUAGUUCUAGUUCCUCUUUAUUUCAACCAUUUCCCUCCUUGCAGGUUUUGCGCUUCAGGGAUAUGCCAGAGUGGGAGGACUGGAACUUGAUUGGAGAUACAACAACAGAUUUUCCAAAUUUGUUACAUCUAUCUCUAAAGGAUUGUCCAAAACUUAAAGGAACCUUACCUAUAAACCAAAUUUCCUCAACUUUUGAAUUAUCUGGCUGUCCUCUAUUGUUUCCUAACUCAAUGUUAUACUUCACAGAAAACAUACCAACAAACUUUCAUUCAUCACUUGUGCUCAACUGCACCAACUUGAUCCUAGACUUAACCCUCUCGAGAAUUCCUUCCUCGGCUUCAUUCCCUAGAGACGGUCUACCUACAACUUUGCGGUCACUCACUUUACGUGAUUGUGAGAAUCUAGAAUUCCUUCCUCAUGAAUCUUUGUGUAAUUACAAAUCACUUGAGGAAUUGGAAAUACACAAUAGUUGUCAUUCAUUGACAUCUUUUACUCUAGGCUCUCUUCCUGUGCUCAAAAGUCUUAGAAUUAUGCGUUGUGAACAUCUGAAACUCAUUUCAAUUGCGGAAAAUCCAACACAAAGUCUCUUGUUUCUUCAGUAUUUGAGCAUACAUUCUUGUUCUGAACUUGAGUCGUUUUCCACAAAUGAAUUUAGUGCACCUAAUCUUACCUAUUUGAAUGUGUCAAUGUGUGACAAGCUUAAUUCACUUCCAGAACCAAUCAAUAUUUUCACUGGCCUAAAAGGAUUAACUAUUCAAAAUCUUCCAAAUCUUGUGUCUUUUGCAAAUGAAGGUUUACCUAUCAAUUUACGAAGUUUAAACGUCUGCAGUCGCGGAAGUUCUUGGACAAGAGCUAUCAGUGAGUGGAUUUUGCAAAGGCUCACUUUUCUUACAACAUUGCGCAUUGGAGGUGAUGAUCUUUUGAAUGCACUUAUGGAAAUGAAUGUGCCAUUGCUUCCAAAUUCUCUGGUGUCACUAUACAUAUAUAAUCUUCUUGAUGUAAAAUGCUUGGAUGGAAAGUGGCUGCAGCAUCUCACAUCUCUUGAAAACCUUGAGAUUGCAUACUGUCGAAAACUCGAAUCCUUGCCAGAAGAGGGACUUCCUUCUUCUCUUUCUGUAUUGACCAUCAAGAAGUGUCCUUUACUGGAAGCAAGUUGCAAAAGCAAUGGAGGGAAAGAGUGGCCUAAAAUUUCUCACAUUCCAUGUUUAAUUAUCAACAGACAAGUGAUCAUAUGAGUGACUAGGUGAGGUGAGUCCUUGUUUGUUUUUUGCCAUCAUCAUGUAUUAACUUUCUAAAAAUAUUCAGUUUUCAAUUUCUAAAAUCUGUGUUUAUAAAUUCCUAAGAAGUAUAUGGAAGACAAUUGUAGUCAAUAAUUGUGAUAGAGACAAGUGAUCUUAUUCGUUUUAAUAAAGUUUCUUAAAACACUAUUUUCAUUAGUCUCUUAAAGAAAUAAUGAAAAUAGUGUUUUGACUACUGAACUAUUGUAAACGAAAAUGGUGAGCGAAAUGUUGAAUUUCCAUUCUCUUA